AUGUCGGUCAUGGCCUCGCGUCCGCCUAACAUGCCCGCCGGCGCCGGCGGAGGCCCUUCCAAGCGGCCUCGCCUCUCUCUCCAGAUUAAGGCUUCCUUCUCGCAGCCCAACGGCGGUCGUCCGACCACAUCACGCGCCUUCUCUCUCAACCCCUCAGACCCGACCGCCUUUAACACGCUCUCCAACGCCUACGUGACAGCCAUCGAGCGCUCCUCCACCCCCAUCGCCUCUCCCAUCGCCGGCGCCGGCGAGCCGCUCACAGCCAUCAGCACCUUCCAGUCCAUCUCCCUGUGCUCGCCCGUCCGCGCCCGUCCCGUCAGCGCCUACCCCGCGACACCCCUCUCCGCCCACCCCGCCCACCCCGCAACGACCUCGCCGGCCGUGACGCUGCCACUGCCGAGCGCCACCAUGUCACCUACGCCGCCGGUUUCGGCCGCCGGAUGCUUGGAAGGCACCGGCAGCAGGGUGUUUAGCUUCUCCCCGAGAGACGCCGCCGCUGGGCGUCGUUCCCUCGAGCAGGCUCUCAACGCCGCCGCGGCUGCGGCGACAAAUACACCCGUGUCCCCCAUGGCUACGCCGCCAAAGCAGCAGCAGCAGCAGCAGCAAUUCCAACAAUCUGCCGCCCCCGCCCGUGCCACCCUGUCUACCUCACCACCACCUUACACCCACGCCAAAGCCCUCCGCAGCAUCCUGCGCAACUCGCCUCUCCCAUCCCGCCGCACGUGCUCGUCAUCGUCAUCACCGCGGCGACUCACCCCGCCGCCCAUGGUGCGCAUCCAGGCGCCCGAGCGACGACCUGCCAAGCGCGUUUGCUACCACAGCCCUAUCGAGCAGGAAAUCACCACCAACCUAUACACAAAGUCCCACAUCGACCUGCUCGUCGAGGAGGCGACCUCGCCGUGCUCCCCGCAGCGGCUGCCCGUCGACCUCUCGCGCGUCUUCUCCGCUAACGAGAUUCGCGAUGGCGGCCAGACGCCUGGCGGCAGCGGCAGCAGCGGCAACGAGGACAACGCGAGGACGAGGACGGGUGGCGUGAAGAGGACCGCCUCGAGGAGCGAGAAGAAGAGGCGCUGGGUGUGGACGAUUGGUAGGGAAGAGGACGCGGAGGAGGGCGAGGAGCACCUGGGCGGUGCAGUCGUGGCCGCGGCGAGAGCAGCGGCAGCGGCGGCAGCGGCGACGGGAGCGGUGGAAGCGCCGCCGGUGCUGCUGGGUGUGCCGAAGCCAAAGGUGAAGCUGGACAUGAGCGCGCAAGACGUGGUGAUGUCAUGA